AACUUUGUCUGCUUUAUCUCAUUUACGACACCCAUCAUCAACUUCGCCUCCUAAAUAAUCGCAUCCAUUUAGAAGUGUAAUAUACAAAAAUCCAUACUGUCCGAUAUCCAAACCACAAAAAUCCAUCAUGGAUGCCGCCGCGAUAGAAGAGACGAACCGUCUCCGCGUUUCUCUGGGCAUGAAGCCCUUGCCCGUGCCUGGCGCAAGCGGUCCUCAAUUCAAAGAAAAAGAAACAACCGAGGAAGACACGGGAAGCACUCUCGAAACCCGAGAAGCAGCCGCAUACGAUAACUACAAGAAGAUUCAAGAUGCUGAACAAGCCAAGAAGAAACGCGAAGAGAAGGCCGCUGCCAUUAAAAAGGCCCGCGACGCUGCGAAACGAUACGAAAGCUUACAAGGCAAAGGGUUAGGCGAGGCUGACGAAGGUGGUGAUGUCGAUACCAAAUCGUGGUUAAUCAGUCAGAAGAAGCGCCAAAAACAAAUCGAUAAAGCGCGCAAGUUAGAAGAGGAAUUAGCAGCUGCCGAGGCCGAAGCCGCGGCGGCAAUUCAAUACACAUCAAAGGAUCUUGCCGGUGUCAAGGUCGGACACGAGAUCGACUCUUUUGAAGAUGGUGAAGAGCAAAUCCUUACCCUCAAAGAUACCGAUAUUUUGGGAGAUGAGGAAGGAGAUGAGCUUGAAAACAUUAACCUCCGAGAGCACGAAAAACUUAGCAAAAAACUCGAGCUAAAGAAAAAGAAACCCGUAUACGACCCCCACGCAGCCGACGAGACCGGAGAGCGAAGCCUCCUUGCCCAAUACGAUGAGGAAAUUGAUGGUAAAAAGAGCAAGAGGUUUACGUUAGAUGGGCUGGGAAAUACCGUGCAGAUCGACGAUCUAGACGGCCAACCGCGAAGCCUACAACGACAAAAGAUCAAUCUCGAUUUUCUGAAAGACGAUGUACAACCGUCUUCAGAUUACUUAGAUGUCUCGGAAGUCAAGAUCAAGAAACCCAAGAAGAAAAAGACAAAGACGACACGACAGCGACCAAUAGAUGAAGGUAACAUCUUUCCGUUGCCAUCAGAAGAGCCGGACCAGUCGAUGGAUAUAGACUCUGGCAAUGCUUUCAUCAACAGGAAGCGUAAAACAGACGAUUCAGCCUUCGUUGAUGACGAGGAUCUACAGGCUACCCUAGCUGCGCAAAGGAGAAAUGCCUUGAAGAAGCGAAAGAGGAUGCGCCCGGAGGAUAUCGCAAAACAGUUACGAGAAGAGGCGCAGACCCCUGAGGUCGAAAAUGAGGACGAGGGUACUCAAGGGGGCGGUCUUGUCCUAGAUGAGAUUUCCGAAUUCGUCUCAGGUCUAACGAAGGAAGAUAUUGAAGAUCGAAAGCCUCGUAAGCCCAAGUCGCCUAGAGACGCACCGGUUACGGCCAUGGAAGAAGAAUCCGACGAAGACGAGCCCAUGAAGGAUGGGUAUGACGUCGAGCAUGACAGGGUGAAACGUGAAGCUUCAACACCAGCAGAGACAGCUGUCAUCGGUGUCGAUGAGGAAAAGACAAUUGGAUCGGGUGUCGGUGCGACGCUACAACUUCUUAGAGAGCGCCAACUCCUCAAAGACACAGGCUCUGCCGAGCUCAAUGAAAAGCAACGCCAACACCAACUAUUCCUCGCGGAGAAGAAGCGCAGGUUGGCAGAGAUGGAACAAGAAGCCCGUAACCAGCGUGAACGCGACCGUAACAGCGGCCGGCUUGACAGGAUGUCCGUUCGAGAAAGAGAAGAAUGGGCGCGCCAGCAGAAUAAUAUUCGCGAUCAACACACAUCACGACAGCUUGUGGAUCUCUUUAACAAGGGAUACAAGCCUAACGUGGAACUCAAGUACCAUGACGAACACGGUCGGUCGCUUGACCAAAAGGAAGCGUUCAAGCACCUCAGUCAUCAAUUCCACGGCAAGGGCAGCGGAAAGGGUAAGACUGAUAAGCGACUCAAGAAGAUCGAGGACGAGAAACGCCGCGAGUCUCAGAGUAUGCUAGAUGCCAGUCAAAACGUCGGUAUGAGCUCUGCAACCGCGCAACAGACCAAGAAACGAAAGGAGGCGGGUGUUCGACUCGCGUAAUUGGACGAUCACAGGUGGCAGAUUGCAGAUUGCGUUGCGUUGCGUUGCGUUCGAUUCAUCUUAAAAGGUGCUACUCCCUCACUGUAUAGUUAUUUUCGACUAGUAAUACGUUGCUGACACUGG